AUGAAAUCCAAAAGCAAGAAAAAAGUGCAGGACUAUAAACAUGCAAUGGGACUGACUGGAAAUGCGUCCGUUGUCAUUAAGGAUUUAACUGAUCUAGAUGAACGGAUUAUUGCAGUAAUGCAUCCAGUAGCGGUGCAAGGUAUGGAAGAUGUCUGCGAGCCAGCAAUGCACUUUGAAAGUGACAUUUCAGGUUGUUAUGAUUUAGAGUGCCUUGAGGAGGGAAAGGAACUGCCAAGCGGUUCAGGUCCAUCUGUUGGGGGUAACGAUGAGGGUUGUGUGCCUAUUCGACCUAUUCGUCCAGCCAAGCGACGAAAGCGAAAUCCCUCAUUCCAAAUUCAUUCCAGACCAACCAAAAGUUCGUCGAGUUAG